UCAGAACAGGAUUAUAGCUCACUCAACGUAAGGGUUAUAAGUCAAGAAGAGGAGGAGGAGGAGGAGAAGGAGAAGAAAAAAGCGGAGCAUGAAAGGAAUAUAGAAGCAGAGAGCGAUCAAGAGGCUGCCUCAAAGAAUGCAGAUGAGCUCAUACCUGCAGAGUGCACGGUUUCUACAACAAAAGCCUUGACAAUCUUCAGCUGUGACGCGACGGAAAGCACAAACAUUGUCUCUUCAACGUGGUCAGAUGAUUGUCAACCGAAGCAGGACAAGACAAAUCUGAUUGGGGAUAAUCGUGGCGCCGAUGCUGAACUGCCGGUUCUGGGACAGUUUCAAUCUAUCGAGGCGUCUACAGCAACCGGACAAGCAGACACAGGCAACGAGGAGGCGGUGUUGGAGACGAACGAAGAAGCGUAUAACGCACAAGACUUUAGUCUCACCAUCACGAGCCAACAGGACCCGAUUUCGUCGUUCACCCUUUCUUCCGGCUUCAUCACUGCGGAUACCAAUCAAGAAGCCAGUGCUUCCGCCCAGCGAAUGCCGACGGAUGCCGGCCAGUCGAAAAAGACGACAACAACCAAUCGAGACUUGGAAGCCACUAAAUUGGUCCCGAGUCUGGAGCCGCAGUGCCCUCAAGAGACUGUUGGAGCCUCCAGGACCGUGAUUUCCGCCGUCUGCCAAGAGGUCGACCGACUUGAUAAAGAAAAACAGUCAAAGUUGGCUUCGUCACAAGGCGGAUUAUCCCAUCGGCCUAAGGCCUCGUUGGUAUGUGCUUCGAUCAGCCCAAAGCAUGUGUUAAAGCUGGCCAAAGUGUUUGCAGAACUGAAUUUGUCCACUCGAGAAAGUAGUCAUUCAUCCGAAAGACCCUUUCAACGGUCCUCCUCUCCACAAACCGACGUACAACCAGCCUCUAUCGUACCAACCGAACAGACUUCUCAGAUUCUGGCAAAGCAAAAAUUGGUGGACGAAGCCACCAGUUCGAUUGACGCCAAGACGUCUACGGUUGGAGAGUUGCGCAAGAAAUAUGAAGAUGUUGCUCUUCCGGACGUUAGCAGAUUGCAGCCACUCGAUCGCAUCUACCCUUGCCGACCCGAUCGGUGUCCUGACGCCUUGACGACUGUCAUUCCCUCUUCGGUCGUCAAGGGGGACAGUCAAGAAAGGCAGCUUCCGGUGAAACGCGAAUUUUUCGAUUCUCGCACCAAAGACUCAAAUGACAUUUGUGCGUCAAGAGAAUUCGGGCACAGCAACAGCUCGACGCCGCCGUUGCCAUUGCCCCCUCCGCCUCAGUUCAUCGACGAGGAGGAGGAGGAGGAGGAGGCGUUUUCUGUCCUGAAACCGGCCAGCAGCUGCCGGUCGGUCUGGCACCAG